CUUCAUCGUAUUUCCACGCCGCCGUAAACUCCUCAUAUCAGUAUCAUCUCCUCUUAAACUCAAAACUACCAGGAUAAGUAUAAGGAAUUCCUCUGGAAUUCCCCCACCCCUAACUAAGAAAAACAAGGUGAGCUUGGAAAGUUCGUGGCACGGCUUUAGCUCAACCAUUGAUGGAAGUUGAAGAAGACCGUAAACCACAACUAAAUCCAGAAGUUGCACCUGACAAGGGAAAUAAAAGUUCCGUGGCAAAUUUAGCUAUGAAGGGCUUAAGUUGCAGUAAUAACUGUGAGGACACUACAACUGGAAUGGAAGAUUGGUUUGACGACAAAAGUAAGAUUCCCAAGGAUGUAGAUGUUGAUAUAACUGGAAGUAGAAAUCCUUCUAAUAUCGCAUUGGCUGAAACGGAGGACCCCAACGCAACUGAAUAUUCAAGCUCAUUUGAUGGCACUGCUGAUGACAAUGAGAAUUGUUCUGGAUUUAGCGAAGGAGAAGUCGAGUCACAGUUUUUUGGGGACAACGGUUUUGGAUCUUCAUUUGAUGCCUUUGGUGGUCUAUUUCAAAUAAGGAAGAAGAAAUUGACGAAUCAUUGGAGGAACUUUAUACGCCCUGUGAUGUGGCGCUGCAAAUGGAUGGAAUUAAGGAUCAAGGAAAUCGAUUCACAAGCGUUGAAGUAUUCCAGAGAGAUGGAAGCAUAUGAUCAGGCAAAGCAAGGAUUUCAUCAAUUUACUCCGGACGGGUUUUGUUCAAAGUCAUGGCCUUUUUUGAGUCAGUACAACGGAAAAAAAGCUAUGAAGAGGAGGAAGCGGAAUAGAGUUGAAGAUACACCUGAUCUAACAUCAUACAUGUCACAGCAUAACCUUUUCUCCUAUCUUGAAAAUAAGAGGCCAGAUCCUGAUAGCACUUUGUUGGCUGAUGAUUUUGGUAAUGCAGUAGCCACAGAGAAGAUUGCUGAUUGUAAUGACAAACAUGGCACGGAUGACUGCACAUCAUUCGAGUUUAGAGACGGUGAUAGUUCGAUGGAGCAUGUUCUUUGGAAGAUUGAGACAUUGCAUUCUCGGGUUAAGAAACUGAGGGGUCAAAUUGACAUGGUGAUAUCCAAAAACGCGGCAAAGUUCUCUUCCUCAGAGAACUUGAGCCUCCUUGCACCUUUAGACGUGCAGACCAGCUCAGCUCAUAGUCCUGCAUUCUCCGCUGGCAAUGGAGACGAAAUAUCUCCGGGAGCUAUGUACGCUACAUCUCAACAUUUAACCGACUAUAAUAUUGGUGAUCUGGUUCUUCCUGAAAGCGUCGUUUCGAGCUUUGAAGAAGCCUUCUCUGUUCCUGAUAUUAUUGAGAGCACCGUGGGACUGUUGUCUGCUACCGAUGUUACCCUUCAUCAGCCUCAGUUUGGAGACUCAAGUGAAGAUAUUGUGGAUGACGUCUUGAUACAUGAGGAGGCAGCUGAAGGAGUGGGACACAGUUGUCUCCAAAGAGUAGUUAGUGACCAGCCCUUUGAGGAACCAGACAUCGUGUGUGGACAAGAAGGCAUGAAUCCUAGUUCCAUUCCAUCAUCAGAAUCGCAACCUGAUCCCGCGACGUCGGCGGUGGUGGCGGCGACUGGUGGGGUUGUUCCACAGGAGCAGUCAAGUCUAAAAUCAUGUCUGGCGUCAGAUGUCCAUAUUCCCAUCAUCAAGAGAAAACGAGGGGAGAGAAAAGCUGGUUCGGUUGUUUGGAACAAGAGAUGCUCUGGCGAGACUGAUAGCCAAUGACUUCCCAAAAAAUAAAAAUUAAAAAAAAAAUCCUUUUGGGAUGUUUAUACUCGUUGAAUGAUUUGACUUAACAUAGUGCUUGUCUUCUUUUUUCCACAAGCUUACAUAAAUGACUGUUUCUUUUCCUCAUAUGAAUUAGUUAGC